AUGCCUAAAACAUUGAAGCAAACAACAAGUUUUAUCACCUAUGAUCCAACAUUCUAUAAAGAAUUCAUGUUAAAUAGAAAGCCCAACAAGGUUUCUAAAGACACAAGCAGCAAGAUGAAAACACAGGCCGGAAAAAAGUUUAAGAAACCAUUAUGGGCUAAAAUGUUGGAGUUGGAACAGAAACAUAUUGACAAGGUCAGAUCCUUCAAGGCCAUCCCAAUUAGUGAUGAUGAGUAUAACAGGAUAAUUGAAGACUUGAAGAACAAAUUGAGCAUCACAACAGAUACUGAAUUUAUUGAUUAUGCACAAAAGAAAUGGAAGGAAUUUUGUAUUGAUGCUACAACAGUACUAAAGGAUAAUUUAACAUUUGGAAAUGUAAAGUUUGGAAAUGGAUUGAAUCUUGGAAAUAUGAAUUAUGCAAUUUUUGACAAAAUAAUAACAAGAAAUUAUCAAUGUGCAAAGGAUGUUGUAUAUGAUGAACAAACAGUCGGAUAUGAAACUCAUCAAGUUAAAUUAUUCAAAUAUCACUUUGUGUUGGCCUGUGGAUUUCCUACUUUCGAAUGUGAUAGAUGGUGGAGAAAUGACAUGUUUCCCAAAGUUGAAGAUAUUCACAACAAACCAUUGCAAUUUGCUGAAUAUAAGACUCUUACAAUUGUUGUAAAUUCUAGAACUAACAGAGUUUAUUGUAAUUGGGAAAUUGAAUGUUGUACGAUGGUGGUGAGAGAGAAAGAAGGUGCAUUCUUUACAACAAAAUAA